AGUGUGGCAUGGCGCUCGUGUCGAGGUCGAGCGAUUGAGCGGCGACUCGACUAGAUUGUAGUACUGUAGUCUGUAGUUGUAGUUCUUUCUCGUGUAGGCUUUCGUCGAGAAAAGACGUACAUUUCAGUCUCUAAUCGGCAAACAUAAAUCUUGCAUAUGUUUUUGAAAAAUUUGAAUCAACAAUGAAGAAAGAAGCGGUGAGUGUUUUAAAGCCUCGGAAAGGUAAAAAAAUAGAAAACAAAGUGCACAAAAUAUUGGCGAAAAAAGGAAUUAAAGGAGAGAAUAUAACGAUCGAAACGAAUUCGACGAAGACCAAGCCACGCGGUCAACAAUCGAAAAUUCUAAAAGUUCAGGAUACUAAUGUUGGAAAUAAUUCCGAAGACGUAUCGAAUGUUCAGUUAAAUUCGGUUAGUAGAAAAAUUAAAACGAAGCAACUCCCAAAAGUUCAGAAAAUAAGCAAACUGAAAAAUGCUGCGAGUAACGAAGAGAAAAUGGCGGCCACGCCGGUUCCACCAAAUCACGCGGAUAGAUUAACACGUGGUCCGAAGAAUAAAAGGCCGAAAUCUCAAACUGUACUAGAUGAAACUAGUGUAGCGACAAAAAAAGCCAAAGUUCAAUCAUCGAUUGAACCUACAACCGUGGCUGUAAAAGAAAAACCUAAAAUUUCACAAAUGAAAAUAAAAGUUAAGCCAAAUAUUGAAAGACAAGCAGAGAGAGUGAAACCGAAAAUCAAAACUGAAAAAAAUGCUCUUCUAACGAAAUUGGAGAAAAAACGCCUUCAGUCAAAAACCACGUUAGCUGUCGGUACUAAGAUGAUGAAAUCGAAACCUGGGGACAAGAGAGACAUUUCAGCUAUAAAAAAAGGUGCAGGGGACUCGAAGCUGGUAUUUCCGAAAGAUAAAAGAAAAAAUAUUGCAAAGGUCGAAAAGAAAUCAACGGACGUGGAAUCGUCAAUCACAAAUAAAUCUGUAAAUAGUGACACGAAUCUAGCGUUCCAGAAAGAAAUUACGGAUUCAGGUGAUUUAAAAUUGACUAAACAGCACAUCUUGAGCAGUAUUAAAGCGAUAAAAAAGUUGACACAAAAGAAAUUGAGCGCUAAAACAUCUCUUUUACCUACGGAAAACCAUCCCAUUCUUCUACAAGUAAACUGCGUCAAAAUUCCAAAAACUCCACGCAGACAAAUAAGGACAAAAUUGCCACAUACUAUAGUUGGCCCUACGGAUGAGGUUGCACUCUUCGUUGCAGACCUUAUACCUGGUCGUAGAAGAGAUUUUGAGAAAACAGUGGAGCACUGGGAAGAAAAAUUCAGAGAGAAAGGAAUCGAGUGCAUCAAACAAAUACUUCCGAUGAAUCAAGUAAAAACAGAAUACAGCCAAUUCGAAUCGAAAAAAAAGUUGGCAAUGUCGUUCGAUCAUUUCCUAGCUGAUGGUCGAAUUAGUGGUCAUUUGGUUCAUCUGCUCGGCAAACCUUUUUUCAAACGACACAACCCUCCAACUUCUGUAAAAUUAUCAGCUUCAGAUCUGAAAGGAGAAAUUGAUAAAGCUCUUUGCAAAACAACUAUGGUAGUUCAUUCUUACGGUGAUUCGCACACCGUUCGAAUCGGCACUCUUUCAAUGAAGAGCCCAAAAUUGGUGGACAAUGUUUUGGCUGUAUGUACAAGUCUUGCUGCUCAAUAUCCAGGAGGGUGGUCGAACAUACGGGCCCUUUACAUAAAGUCACAAAUUAGUUCAUCAAUUCCGAUUUAUAUGAACUUAGUGAGUAAAAACGAAGUUCCUGUACCUGUUGUGAAACCAAAGAGGCCACGUGCUUACGAAACAGUCGAAGGUGAAUUGACCACAGUAGGUGGUGGACAUGUAACUGCUACGGUUACACCCGAAGGACGUGUAACAGUAAAGAGAGAAAAAAGGAAAAUUAAAGAAGAAACUGACAACAACAAGAAAAUAAAAACAAAAAAGUCUGGAAGUACACAAGAUGAAGAUGAUGAUAAUGAGAAUGGGGGGGAUAAUGAGGAUGAUGAACAAGACGAGGAUGACCAAUAAGAAGUGGUUAUCUUUGUAAACCUUGCAGAUGUAAAUACUUGUACAUAUUAUCUAUGAAUUAGAUAGAAUUUAAUACUUUUAAUAAAGUUGUUUUUUUUUUAAACAAAACUAAAAAAUGACAAUAAAAGUAA